AUGGCUAUAGUUCGAAGCAUGAGAAGUGGGGAUAUCCUGGAAGGCAUGCUCAGCGAGUAUGUUGGGGGAAAGGCCAAGUUGAGAGCUCAGAAAAGCGUCUCUGCUCGGCUCGUCGCGGCUCUCACUUGUCUGCAAUUUGCCUUUGCAAUAUAUGCAACAUUGCUUCUGUACUACAUGAGUCCUCCAAUAGAUUUGAGAACCCAACCAGACUUUUCUUGGGCAACCCGAAUCGCACAGCAGUGGAGACAGUUCAUCAUCCCUCCCCAUGUUGUCGGUCACAACCAACUGGAAGCGUCUUCCCUUGUCCCAGCUGAAAUCCCACCUGUGGUCAAGCCAUCCGAGGUCUGCGAGCACGAGAAGAUAGACUUCACACAGAAGAAGUCUAAUGAUGCUCAGAUGAUCAAGUUGAAGAGGGAGCUUUACGAUGAGGUACUGGACUUCCAAAGCAAGUUCAUUGGCACCGAAACACUCUCCGAACUAAUGGCAAUGAAGUCCAGGUGGGACUUGCAGGGUCCAAACAAACCCAAAGUGACUGUGAUAUUAAAUCACUUCAAAAGGAAAACACUUUGUGCCCAGCUGGAUUCUCUGCUUCAGCAGACUCUUCCCUUUCACCACGUUUGGGUGCUUUCGUUCGGAAGCCCGAAAGAGAUAUCGCUGAAGAGCAUUGUUGAUAGCUAUAACGAUUCAAGGAUCAGCUUUAUCAGUUCAAGCUACGAUUUCAAGUACUAUGGAAGGUUCCAACUGGCUUUGCAGACAGAAGCUGAUCUGGUAUAUAUCCUAGAUGAUGACAUGAUACCGGGCAGGAAGAUGCUGCAGAUCUUGUCACACGUUGCAGGGACAGACAAGUACAGGAAUUCAGUAUUGGGCAGCAUAGGACGGAUUCUGCCUUUUCGACAGAAGGACUUCACAUUCCCAAGCUACCGAAAGUUCCGAUCCAAGGAGGCAGGGCUCUACUUGCCUGAUCCUGCUUAUGAUAUCACAGUUGAUAAGAUUGUCCAGGUGGAUUUUCUCUCGAGCUCGUGGUUUCUAUCUGCUGAGCUUGUCAAAACACUCUUCAUUGAGACACCCUUCACCUUCAUGACAGGAGAAGAUCUGCACCUUAGCUAUCAGCUUCAGAAGUACAGAAAUGCUGGCUCUUUUGUUCUUCCAGUUGAUCAGAAAGACAACGAAACUUGGGGUGAUAGUGAACACAGGCUUGCAUAUGUCUCCGAAACAACUGUAAUCUUCAAAAACACUGUUCAGGUCCGAGAUGAUCAAUGGUGGACAGCCUUCUCUACUGGCUACGUGACACAGUGGGCUGCAAUGUAUCCCCAGAAAAUAGAUGCGCUCUUCUAUGCACACUCCAUUGAAGAAGUUAAAGCACUUGCACCUCUUCUCCAAAAAUUCAGAUCUACUGUUGGCAAGAAGGCUUACAUUGCUCUUUCUGGAGGCAAUUUCUGCCCCUGUGAGGAUGCUGCGACGGCUUUGAAAUGGCCUAAAUCAGUUUGUAAAGAGAGAAGAUUUAAGAUAUUUGAUUUAGGAGUUGGGGCUCUUUCAGGAAUGUCAAACUCAGAGGUACCGGUGCUGCAAGCAGUCUACUCUAGCAUGAAAGGACUGAUCAAAAUUCACAAUCCCAGUUUGGUGAUCACAGUGUCUGACAUUGAUUACAAUGUAAAGAAAGCUUUGAAGAUGGCAACAGAACCCAAUUCAAAUGGUUCAAAUCUGGUUUUUUUGCCAAGAUCUUCCAUUUCAAAAGUUCUUUGGAUGGCUAACCUACGAUCCACAGCAUUGCCAAAUUGGAACCGGAUGCGGAUAUCUGUCAACAUUAUCACCCAAAACCGAGCCACUUCACUAAUGAGGCUUCUAAAAUCUCUCAGCGAUGCUUACUAUAUUGGGGAUGAAAUCCCUAUUAGCUUCAACAUGGACAGCAAAGUGGAUGCAGAAACUCUAAAAGUUGUGAACUCAUUUGAGUGGCCACACGGCCCCCAAACUGUCAGGAGAAGAAUCGUCCAAGGAGGACUCAUCCGAGCUGUCAGUGAGAGCUGGUACCCGUCUUCCGAUGACGAUUAUGGCCUUCUUCUUGAAGAUGACAUUGAGGUCUCUCCUUACUACUACCUAUGGAUCAAAUAUGCCCUCUUAGCCUACCAUUAUGACCCACAAGUGUCUCUCCCUGAACUCUCCUCAAUCUCUCUUUACACACCUCGUUUGGUUGAAGUUGUGAAAGAAAGACCCAAAUGGAAUGCAACCCAGUUCUUCAUGCGCAUCCACCCAAACACACCUUACCUCCACCAGCUACCCUGCAGCUGGGGUGCUGUUUUCUUCCCAAAGCAAUGGAGGGAAUUCUAUGCCUAUAUGAAUAUGAGAUUUACUGAAGAUGCCAAGAAAAAUCCAGUUCAGAUCCCAAAGUCUCGAACAAAUGGCUGGCAGGCUUCAUGGAAGAAGUUUCUGAUUGACAUGAUGUACCUUAGGGGCUAUGUUAGUCUCUAUCCCAACUUUCCAAACCAGGCAAGCUUCUCAACCAACCAUAUGGAGCCUGGGGCUCACAUUAGCUCAAAAGAGAAUGUCCUUCGGCAUGACAAGUCAGAUUUUGUGGUGCCAUUGAUGAAGGAAGACUUUCAAACCUUCUUGCCGGGUGGGAAGAUGCCCCCAGCCUCAAAGCUGCCAGCGCUGAACCUCUUCAACCAGGCAUGUUCUCUGAGAGGGCUAAAGGCAGCAGGAGCAAAGUUGGGGCAAGAUGUGCUUGAAUGCCAAGUGACAGAGAUUGUAACUGCUGAUCACAAGACGGGUCUGCCAAGUCAUUGUGCGAAGUUCUGAUAAGUGAAUUGUCAUCAUUAAUUGAAAAUAUUUUUCACUAUU